AGUUGUAAUUUUAAACACAUUUUUUUCAAAAUUUCAACAACAUAUAUCAUCUUCUUCUAUCCAUCGAUCUAAUCAUCACUUUAGCAACAAUACAAGAAACUAUCAAACAAAUAUAAUCUUUCCCCUUAUAAUUAGCCACAGAUUAUUAAUUAAUCACUAAUAUGGACAUAUUCCACAAAGCCAAGGUUGUAACAUUCAAGAGCCAUAUAGAUAAGUACUUAGUAGCCGAUGAUGAUCAACAAACCACCCGUCAAAGCCGGCGCAACGGCUCGUUGAGUCGAAAAUCAUGGUGGCUAGUUGAGCUUGUUAGCGGAAGCAACCACCUCAUUCGACUCAAAAGUUGUCAUAGUGGAAAAUACCUCAUGGCUUCUGAUGAACCAUUUUUACUUGGCAUGACAGGUAAUAAAGUCGUUCAAAAUUUGCCUGAAAACUAUACAAAUAAUGACUUGAGAAUCGAAUGGGAACCGAUAAGGGACGGAUUUCAAGUAAAGUUAAAGGCUUUUGGUGGGACUUUUUUACGGGCGAAUGGAGGUAUGCCACCGUGGACGAAUUCGGUUACACAUGAUAGUCCGCACACCGGUUCGACACAUAAUUGGAUUUUGUGGAACGUGGAAAUCCUCGAUGUAUCGGGAAACGAAAUAUCGAUGAUAGGUUAUUCAUCGAUGGUCUCGAGCGUCUCGUCGAUUUCCGAUGAAGUUUCCGGCUUGGAAAUGAGAUCUCCGGCCAUGUCGAUACGUUCAACUUUUUCUUCUUCACCUAAAAUAGCUAUGGUAUGGAGCACGUAA